GAUGGCGAGUUCUCAGCUGGAACGCCGGGGGCUUAACUUCUGGUACAUGGCAGGAAAUAGAAACCUACGCGAGGUUGUACCAGUAUGAUGCGGUGCUCAUACAAGAGACGCAUUGGCGUCACGACUCAACGUGGUCGAGCUCAGCUUUUCACUAUGUGCACUUCAAUUGCCCGUGUGAACCGUACAAGUCCACAUGCGGUCAGUGUGUGCUGAACCACAACCUGCUUCACUAUCGGGAUCAUCAGGACUUGCAGAACGUGCUUCGCACCUUACAUCUCUGCGUGCUGAACACAUGGUGUCGGCCUCAACAUGGGCAGUUAGCCACUUUCACUUUCGGCAAGCUUGCCUCACAGAUUGACUUCUUGAUAAUCCGACAACAACACGCUGACGCCAGGGCCCGCAAGGCACAAAUCCUGGAUCAGUUCCCAGUGGGUGCAUGGAGGGAAGGAGCCAAUCAUCACCCUGUGGUCGCUACACUCACCAUGCCUAAGCAGGCUUAUCGAGCUCAGCACAAAACAGAUACAGUUCCGAAGUUUGAUCAGGAGGCCCUGACUCGGGAUUUACAAGCUCCACACACCUCGGAGGCGCUGGCAAAGCUUCGGGCGGAGGUGGCGUACAGGGUCACUGGCAUACAGGAUGUGCAUUCCCACUUGAUGCAGGCAGCCGCCAGUCAUUAUCCUUUGACGGUGAAAGCACCACCCAGGCUGGACCAGCCACAGGACCUUGCCAAUUCAGCAAAGCACAUGUGGGGUUUGUUUCGGCAAAUGAGACAGCAGCGGCGCACUGCACAGGGCGUGGUGACGGCAUGGCGGCUAUGGCAGCAGUUUCAGCAGGCGCACCGUCUGCACAAACAAAAAUCGCGCCAACGAACUAGACAGAGACGCGAUGAUCUCAUACAACAGGCCCACGACUCGGCGGCCACCGGCAACUUGUUCGGCCUCUGGCGGGUGGUCAAGCAGCUCGCCCCGAAGGCACCUAGAAAGCGCCUGCAAUUGCAUCGGGAUGGGCGCAUCAUUAGUACUGAAGAGGAGCUGCAGUGGAUACUGGAGGACUACGGUGCCAGAUAUGGAGCGAAUGCCUCAGACACGCCCCCUUCGGUUGACAACAGACUCGAUAGGAAAGCAAGCAUCGAUCCGAAUGACCUGACUCAUGUGCUACUUCGUCUCCACGCGCGUAAGGCUGUCCCUCGCGAGUGUGCUCCGACCAUCCUACUGAGGGCAUGCAGCCUACAGAUUGCCGAUGCUGUGACCGCACACGUGAACCAUCAGUGGGCAAAGUCGGUUCCUGAGGUGGAGCAAGGUUGGUCUGACGCGGAGGUUGCACUCCUUCCCAAGGCACAUGGGCGGUCGCAGUCACCGCUGGACUAUCGACCAAUCGGUCUGCAGGACCCGCUCGGAAAGGGCAUCAUGACUUUGUUGGUCCGGCAGGCAAGGAGGGAGAUUAUCGCGCUGAUCAGCAAAUUUCCUCAAACCGCUUAUAUUCCUGGUCGUAGCACCAGUACAGCUUUGCGGCAGGUGUUCAGUCACUGCUACCGGAUCCGAGAGCUCAGCAAGAACGAGCGUUUGUGGCAUCACCUGAAGCAGGCACUGGACCUAGCGGGCACACCGAUCCACCUACAAGAUCUCUUACUCACAUGGCUGGUCCAGGUCCGAUAUAUCUUCCAUCACCGCGACAAGACGGGCCUGAUAUCGCCCAAGUGGGGCCUCAGGCAGGGAUGCGUUGCCUCACCCAUCUUGUGGGCAGCAUUCACCUCACUCAUUUGUGUCGCCCUUGAUCAUCGACUUGGUGAGGCGUGGGUGGGUAACCAUGCGGUUCUCUACGCGGAUGACACUCACCUGCGGUGGGCCUUCGAGUCCUUUGCCCGGCUUGAAGGAUGUAUCUCUGAGGCCAGAACGGCAUUCAAAGUGCUGCAGAACUUCAAUCUCAAGGUCAACUUCGAGAAGACCAAGGCCAUCUUGAAGGUUGUUGGAUCUCAGCAGGAUAAAGUUCGAAAGGCCUAUGUGAGAUGUCAGGAGCAGACUUCCAGACUCCUGCUCUCCCCAAAGGACCCCUCUUCAUGGAUAUCGCUGGUGCCCCAGACGGAGUACUUGGGCUUGAUCAUCUCUUAUGGAUCGUUUGAACUUCAGUCGCUGCGCCACCGUGUCUCCAAAGCCAAUAAACGGAGGUGGGCAAUGGCCUCGAUUUUGCACUCACGCAAAAUGGGCAUCACAUACAAGCUUCGGCUGUGGCGAAGCUGUGUCCUCAGCACCAUGACUUACGGGUUGCAGAGCUGUGGAAUCACGGGCGACCAUGCACAGGAAGCACAGCGAUCGAUGAUGAAGCAUGUCCGAGCGAUUGUCUCCAAUCAGGCGCACCUCACGGGUGAAACGCAUGAGAGUAUUAUGCACAAAUACCAGAUCAAACCCUUCAUUGAGAUCAUCCGCGAAGCUCACGAACGAGAACAACACACGGCGACAGCUCGAGAGGACUGGAUGUGGGAUUCGUCAUGGCAACAACAUGUCAAGGAACAGUUGGAGCGCAGGACUGACCAGUUGAUCCAUUCUGAGGAGGCUGAGGUCGAACAGGAAAGCAAGGCAAACAAGCGGAGGAGACCGGAAGAGGGAAGCCAACGAUGGAACCAACAGGGGACCGGAAGCCGCAACGAGGACUCAUUACUAGUUUCUUUGGCCAAGCUCACGCUUCGUCAAGAGGAAGAACUACUAGUUCUCAAACAAGAUCACUCGCUGGUCCUGUUCAUGCGGCCGGGCAAAGACUCGGUACUCCACUUCCUGUACCAGACGGCGACCUUGUACAAACAGAAAAUCAAGGAGAUGCCGACAUGGGGAGCCAACUUCCAGCCACCCAGGGCCGUCCUAGCGCUGGCACUCUUCAAAGAAUUG